AUGGCACACACAAUCCGAUGGGGUAUUAUGGCCACUGGCUGGAUCGCGGAAACGUUUGUCCGCGAUCUCUUGAAGGAUCCCAAGGCCCGCGAUGCUUCUGACGUCGCCCACAAGGUCGUCGCCGUUGCCUCGUCCUCGUCCAAGGAUAAGGCCGACAAGUUCAUCUCGACCCUUGGCAUCCCCGCUCCCUGCGACGCCUACGCUACUUACCAAGAGCUCGUCGCGGAUCCCAAUGUCGACGUCGUCUAUGUUGCUACUCCCCACUCUCACCACUAUCAGAAUGUGAUGCUGUGCCUGGAGGCCGGCAAGAAUGUUCUGUGCGAAAAGGCCUUCACCGUCAACGCUGCCCAGACAAAGAUCCUGUGCGAGACUGCCCGCAAGAAGAACCUCUUCCUCAUGGAGGCUGUGUGGACACGCUAUUUCCCGCUCAGUGUCCAGGUGCGUGAGCUCAUUCAGAAGGGCGAGAUUGGUGAGGUGCUUCGCACUAUCGCCGAUACCAGCUUCGGCGAUGACGUCGAGGAGAAAUGGGGCACUAAGCACCGCAUGGUGAACCCCGAUCUUGCCGGUGGCUGUCUUUUGGACUUGGGCAUCUACUCCCUCACCUGGGUCUUCCAGACUCUUUACCACACCUUGCCCCGGGAUCAGAGAAAGGCACCUACCGUCACCUCGCAGAUGACUCCCUACCAUCUCACUGGUGCCGACGAGUCCACUACUAUUCUGCUGAGCUUCCCGACCAGCACUCCUUCCAACGGCCCGCACCCGCACCGCUCGCAGGGUAUCGCCAUGACCAACAUCCGUGUUUCGGCUGAUCCGGACGAGGAGGGCACCUCCGGUCCCCAGAUCCGUAUCCAGGGCACCAAGGGCGAGAUUCAGGUGUUCGGACACCCGUUCCGCCCUACUAGCUACCGUGUGAUCCCAAAGAAGGGCCUUGGUGAGGUCCGGACCGUUGAGGGUUCAUUCCCUGCGGAGGGCCAUGGUAUGUUCUGGGAGGCGGAUGAAGUUGCUCGCUGCCUGAGAGACGGCAAGCUGGAAAGUGAGGGUAUGCCCUGGGAGGAGAGUAUUGUCAUUAUGGAGGUGAUGGAUGAGGUGCGCAAGCAGGGUGGUUUGACUUAUCCUCAGAAGAUCGAGUCGACCGAGUACCCUCUGCAGCUGUAA